GCAGUCGUGUUAGAUACCCGCAUCUGUAUGACAGGUGCUAACUGCCCCUCUGUCCGUCCGAUCCUGUCAAGAAACAGCUCUUUUAACAGGAAAAUAUUCGCUUAAUAUGUUGUUAAAGUUGUAAACGUAGUAGUGUAGCAUCCCGGAGCUCAUUGUGCGUUUUGACUACGUGUAAAGCUCGUGAAAACCGGUUAGCCUGUGCGCCGCUAAACAAAACAACAGCACUUACCAAGAAAUUCUUCAGCAAACUGAACCUCAAGGUCAUUUUAUUUAUUUAGCAAAAAAAUAAAUAAAAUAAAAGCCACGAUGAAUGUUCCCAAAACUGGCUACCGCGUUUUUUCCGCAAAUUCCUCCGCAGCUUGCACAGAACUGGCCAAAAAGAUAACAGAACGACUCGGAGUUGAACUGGGGAAGUCUGUGGUAUUUCAAGAAUCCAACAGAGAGACUAGAGUGGAUGUCAAAGAGUCCGUACGUGGCCAGACUAUUUUUAUCAUCCAGACUAUACCCAGAGAUGUUAACACAGCCAUCAUGGAGCUGCUGGUCAUGGCCUACGCUCUCAAAACGUCCUGCGCCAAGAACAUCAUCGGAGUCAUCCCGUAUUUCCCCUACAGCAAACAGUGCAAGAUGAGGAAGAGGGGCUCCAUCGUGUCCAAACUGUUAGCGUCCAUGUUGGCCAAAGCUGGAUUAACUCACAUUAUAACGAUGGACCUACACCAGAAGGAGAUCCAGGGCUUCUUCAGCUUUCCUGUGGACAACCUCCGUGCCUCCCCAUUUUUGAUACAGUAUAUUCAAGAGGAGAUUCCAGAUUACAGAAAUGCAAUAAUUGUUGCAAAGUCACCAGCAGCAGCCAAGAGAGCACAGUCGUACGCAGAGCGUCUCAGGCUGGGACUGGCUGUGAUCCACGGAGAGGCUCAAUGCUCCGAGUCAGACAUGGCUGACGGCAGACACUCCCCUCCCAGUGUGCGCAACACCACCGGACACACCGGCCUUGAGCUGCCCUCAGGCAAACAACAAGCUCCGUUCCCUGGCAUAGAGCUCCCAAUGAUGAUGGCCAAAGAGAAGCCUCCCAUCACUGUAGUCGGAGAUGUCGGAGGGAGAAUUGCCAUCAUUGUGGAUGACAUCAUAGACGACGUGGGAGACUUUGUUGCGGCCGCAGAGCUCCUCAAAGAGAGAGGAGCCUAUAAGAUCUACAUCAUGGCCACUCACGGUUUACUGUCCGCAGACGCUCCCCGGCUCAUCGAGGAGUCUGCCAUCGACGAGGUUGUGGUGACAAACACCGUCCCACACGAAGUCCAGAAGCUGCAGUGUCCCAAAAUCAAGACGGUGGACGUGAGCAUGAUCCUGGCCGAGGCGAUCAGGCGAAUCCACAACGGAGAGUCCAUGGCCUACCUGUUCCGUAACAUCACAACUGACGACUAGACCUGCGGAGGUGGGUCCAACUGUGAGAAAUAAACUGUACAAAUAUGAAGUUAUGCUAUGCCUGCCAGGAUCACAUACAAUACACUACAUAAAGUAACAAAGAAACAAACAUGAAAAGAGAUUGAAGUUUUCAGACGGUGUAAAUUGUAAAACGCGGUACUGAAAAUAAGUCGAGAAGAGUAAAUAUAUGCUUGGAUUUUAAUGUAAUGCUGCUCAUUUGAAAAAAAAAAUUCAAGCGGAAAUAGUGCUGAAAAAAAGUCUUAGGCAGUUUGUGAAUAAAAAAUGCAAAAAAAAACGUAAAAGUAGGGCUGAGCGAUAUGGCAAUGAAAAUUUACAAUCAUGUCUUCUAUGGGUGUAAAUUUCCCAUUCAUAUUUUCCAUAAUAUGUGGUCACUAGAGUUGGGUAUCGUUAAGAAGUUGCCGAUACGAUACAUACCUCGAUACAUAGGCUUCGAUACGAUACAUAUCUCGAUACAGUGCCCUUUCGAUUAGAUAUGAUACAUUUCAAAUCGAUUCAAUACGUUUCAGUAAAAAAUAAUGGCUAAAUCAUUGCUGUAAUACGAAAAGUCUUUGUUAAACCACUUCUUGUGCAAAGUGAAUAUGAAACACAAACAUUUUAAUCCUCAAAACUGUGAAGAUGUCAAAUGUGUCGCAUAAAUGAGUUUCCUUUCUUUAAACAAGAAAUAAAACUCUAGCUCUGUAAAAAAUAAUUUAGUGAAAUAUACCAAAAAAUACUCUUGGCGAUACAUCGACACAGCAGCCCCUGAUAUCAAUACUGUAUUAUCACAAUAAAUUAUACAAUACGAUAUUGAUAUUUCAAUAUUUUAGCACAGCCCUAGUGUAACUGUUCAUGAGACAUAGAUUUUCAGUCAUAAAAAAAAAAUUCAAAACCUAAAAUUCUGUUUAUCUGUCAUUUUGUUGAUAAUUUGCGAUUUAUACAGUUCAUAAUCUAGUUUCCCGCUGCAUGACAAGCGAUAAGCUUGUUCAUGGCUCCCUGUGCGUCUGGGUCGUUUUAAAUAAACUUUUACAGACUUGAGGGGCAAUCCUGCAACAUGGCAUGACACAGUAGAAUGUGUAUUGUAUAUUGCUGAGAUAUUUUAUGAAUUUUUGUUCCAUUUACUGCCUCAGCAACACCUACCGCGUACCAUUAUACCUUAAAUCUCCACAGUAUUAAAUUGCACAGGGAGCACACUACUGGUCAAAAGUUUUAGAACACCACACUUUUUUUUCCAGUUUUUUACUCUCUACUGUUACCAAAACGUAUUCUAAACUUUUGAUUCAUGAAAGUGUCCACCUUUGGCAGAUAGAAAAUCUGAACACACUCGUGGCUCGUUCUUUUUACAAUAGAAAUGAAAUAUUCUUCAGAAAGUUCUUCCCAAGUCUGUUGCAGAAGUUCUCAUAAAUGUGUGGCACUUGUAGGUUUCUUCGCUUUCACUCUUCUCUUCAGUUCAUCCCAAAACCAGCUCGAUGGGGUUUAAGUCUGGAGACUGUGCUGGACACUCCAUGUUUUCAAGUUUACCAUUUUGUUCUUUUUCCUGAGGUAGUUUUGGCAGAGCUUGGACUUGUGUUUUGUAUCUUUUAUCUUUUUGUUAAACCUCUGGAUGUUCAGUUCUUACCUUUGUACCAUUUCAAGCUUUUCAUUGGACUUGCACGACUUGAAUUGCAAUAAAUAACUGGAAAAAUGAGGGUGUUGUAAAACUUUUGACAAGCAGUGUAUAUGCUCAAGAUAUGAUUUAACCUCUAAAGAGUCCCCUCAAGUCGUACACCGGUGCCAAAAGCCGCAUACACUGAUGACGUACUUCAUUUUUUUGAGUCUAUAUGCAAAAUAUGAAUGGGAAGUUGCGAUGCCGUGAGUGGGUUGAACCAAUCACAGUGCGUCACAUCGCUCAGCCCUCCUCAAAAGCAGACCGGUAAUGAAAAUAUAGUGCCUAUAAACUUUGUGUAAUCCUUAUAAUCAACCUUGUUAUUGUGAAAGUCAGCUGUCCUCCUCAAAAUGGUAAAAGUUCUCUUGUCCAGAUGUUAACCACAAAUGACACACACAAAAAAAUACAUGAUUUGUUUUAGCAUUUUUUCACACCUGCCUAAAACUUGAGCUCACAAGUUAUGGUACCUCACGUCAACUGACUGAAGCAAACAAAUAAAUGACAAUAUUUUCACUUUAGAUUUUAAUUGCAAUACUUUCACAGAAGCGUAUUUUAAAACGACGUUCAAGUGUCUUGUUUCGUUUGCUGGAUUUUUGCACACUCUGCCACAUGGAAGUAUAUACAUGAAUUCUGCUGUGAAAAAAACGAAAUAAACCAUCGAAAGACUGUAGGACGUGAUGGUGGUGGAGAACAGGGCAGUAGCAGUUUGUUGUUUACUGUUUACCUCACUGUGUUAGCGUUUAAUGGGAUAAAGAAACCCACUGUGCGCAUUUAUCUAUAUGGUGUUUUGAAUGUAAACGAGAAAGAAGAGAUAUAUUUUUAACAUAAAUGAAAUAGUAAUGAAAAUAAAGUCUUAAUAUUUAAACAAUUCAGCCAAUUCCAGUGAUUAAUUUCUCUGUCUUGUCUUAAAAAUCUUAUUGGGUCUAUUUUUCAUAUGUAGCGUACUGCGUAUAAAGAGCCUGUAUGUGGACUAUUUUUAAACAGCAGCAUGCAAUCAAAAAAAUAAGAUCACGUUUUUUGAAUAACUACAUUUUAAUAGUCUUAAUAAAGCAUGAACAAAGACUAGUUUAUUAAGAUUCAGACUUCAGAUUCAGUGAAAUUUUGUUUUUAGAGCUUUUAACAUUGUUCCCUCAUCAAAAAAACAUGCCUGGAUUUGUAUUUUCACACUAAUUUAACACAUCUGCUCCUACUUAGUAAUAAAAAACUCACAAUUUUAUAUAUAUUAUUAUUUAUUUAUUAUUGUAUUUUUAGUUGUAUAUAUACUUUAAUAUAUAUGCCUUAUUUGAGUCUAGUCUCUUUUUUUUUUUUUUUUUUUUUUUGCUACUUAUGCAGAAUUUAUUAUGACCAUUAUAUAUAUUUUCUCUUUGUUAUUAUGAUGUGAUGUAUGAGCUACUGUCUCCAAGUAAUUUCCCUUGUGGAUCAGUAAAGUUUCUCUUAAAUUACCAGUAUUCUUACAUCACAUGUAAAAGUCCAGGAUGUUUUAAGUCCAUAAAUCAAAAUUGGAGCAAUUCUGCUGUCAAAUUUUGUUCAUUCCAACUGCAUACUUGUUCUCAUGUUGGAAAAUAUUACUAAACCUAGUCAUUUUUCUUUACUUAUUCAAUAGCAACUCCUUCUGCUGCCAGUAGAUGGAGCCCUAACCCCAGUUCCCAGUAUACUGAGCAUACCUGUGUAUAUUGGGUGUAGAUAACCAUCAUUUUAAGCUCUAAAACAUGAGAUGCCAAAGCAAAGUGUGAUUAAAGGCCAGCAACAAUACAAUAUUUUUAAUGAAUACCAUAACCAUAAGUCCUAACCCUCAUAUAAGUAAUAAGUAGUAAUCCUGAAUCAUUCUUAAUCAUUUGGCCAUUAUGUCUUUGUUCAUGCUUUAUUACGAGGUGUAGUUAUCGAUUUGUUUAUAUCUUGAGCUGUAUGUUACCCUAUAGAAACUAAAUUAAAUUAACAAAAUUCAAUUAGGUUGGUGCUGGUUGCUACUUUUUGUAUGAGUAUUUCUGUGCUCAGGGAUAUUCUAAGCCAUUUGUGUGUUUUGUGUCGCUGUUUUGUUUUUUUUGUUGUUGUUGACAUUUACAGGUUGUCCUUCCUCUGUCUAAACUUCUUCAUUUUCUUGUAUUAACAGAGUCAGAUUCCUCCUGCCUGAUGGCGCAGGUGGUACAAGGUUGUAUUGUUGUUGUUUUUUUUCCACCAGCUAGUUCUAUUCUGGUCAUUGUCAACUGUCAUCUGCUCUGUAUAUUUCAAGUCCUACAUUUCAGGCCUUGGUCUGCUGUUGUACAUGAAAUAAAAGCAUUUAAGCUACA